CUCCUGGAACUUGAUUUUUAAUAUUGGGAUUCAGUACUAGGGUUCCUCUCCUGUUACGCUGGAUCUUCUCAGUGUCUGCCCAGAUUGAAGAGCUGACAUCUUUCUUCCUUCCAGGGAUGCUCUCUUCCCAGUCCUUAGCCAAUACCUCCUUCUUCCAGCCACCUGCUUUCCUGUUGAUGGGCAUCCCAGGGAUGGAGGCCGUCCAUGGCUGGAUCUCCAUCCCCUUCUCCUCCAUGUACACCGUGGCCCUCACUGGAAACGGCCUGAUCCUCUUGGCCGUCAGGAGGACCCCCAGCCUGCACCAGCCCAUGUACUACUUCCUGUCCAUGCUGGCCCUCACCAAUGUGGGCCUCACCUUGUCCACCAUGCCCACCACCCUGGCUGUGCUCUGGUUCGACCACCGGCUCAUCGGCUUCAAUGCCUGCCUGGUGCAGAUGUUCUUCCUCCACUCCUUCUCUGUGGUGGAGUCCUCGGUGCUCCUGGCCAUGUCGUUUGACCGCGUUGUGGCCAUCUCCAACCCCCUGCGCUAUGCAGCUAUCCUCACAAACAAUGUCAUCAUCGGAAUUGGGCUGGCCAUUGUCGCCCAUGCUACCUUAUGCCUCUUCCCUGUGCCAUUUUUGAUUAAGCGUCUAAACUUCUGCCGUGGCAACAUCUUCCUGUCCCACUCAUUCUGUUACCAUCCUGAUGUGAUGAGAAGAGCCUGUGCUGACAUCACCAUCAAUAUACGCUAUGGGCUCUGUGUGGUACUGUCCUUUGGGGGCCUCAACUCCCUGCUCAUUGUCUUGUCCUACACGCUCAUCCUGCACACGGUCAUGGGGCUGGCCUCUCCCAGGGAGCGCAUCCGGGCCCUCAACACCUGUGUCUCUCAUAUCCUGGCUGUCUUUGCCUUCUUUAUCCCAGGUAUCACCAUGUCCAUGAUCCACCGUUUUGGGAGGCACCUGCCCCACGUGGUACAUGCCCUCGUUGCCUACGUGCACCUGGUGGUGCCCCCUGUGCUCAACCCCAUCAUCUACAGUGUCAAAUCCAAGCCCAUCAGGGAGGCCAUGCUCCGGGUGCUGAGAUGGAGAGAUCAAGGCUGAUGUAUUUAUGAAAUAGUAGAGGUCUGGGAACCAUAAAGGUACAUGCUGUAGCCUUGCAGGAACCUGGUCCCCUCAGCAAGCACUGAAAAUUCCUAGUCUAUGCUAAUACAGUGGGAAACCCAUCAGGCUUAUUGACAUUACAAAUGGAUGUUUUCACCAUUUACCUAGAACUGGAAGCAGUGCUGAGGAUUAAAGACUGAGAAAAUAUUAAACAUGGUCCUUUCUUUCUAGAAACUCACAAGAUAAAGGCAUAUAAAUACACAACCAUAAUGUAGACUUAUACAUCCAUAAUAAAUUUAUAUGCAAGAGAUUACUAUGGACUGUAAAUUGAUUCUUGCCAGAACUUUUCUGGGAAGACUGGACAAACCUCUACAAAAGAGAUAAUCCUUUUUAUUUCAUCUUGAAAAAUGUGUAGGAUUUUUCUAUGUAAAGUAGAAAUUAAGAAAGAGAAAAAUUUAGGAUAAAAUAGAAUAUAAAAAAGGUGUUUAAUUUUCCCUUAGAUUUUUAUUGAACAAGUGAAUAAAUAAAUGUGUUGAUGAAGUGAUAAGGUGCCACCUGCCUCAGUAGUGACUCUACCUGUAACCCCUUCUCAGGAAUGUCCUUUUCUCCAAGAGACCCCCUUACUUGGCAGAUUCCAUGCAAUGUCUGACCCUGACAAAGGCAUCCUCUUCUAUGUCCCAUUUCUGAUCUCUUCCAGAUUCUCUACCUUUGUUCUUCAACUUUCUUUGAGUUCAAAGCCCUACAUUCUUGUUGGCUUUCUUAGCAAUGGAGUAGGCAGAUUGCCAUCUGCUUCUGCAACUGCUUCACUCCCUUUGGAUCAAAUCGAAGAUAAAAAGCUACAAGGUGCCAGGGGAAGACGAUUGAAAGUACAACAAAACCCUUGCCCAAAUAUAGAUCUUCCCAUCUCAAGGUCAGACGUAAUGGAAGGGAAUGACCUUCCACAUGUAUGUUCACUGCCUCCAAGAGAAUCUUAUCUCAACUUAAUUGAGUGAUGUAAGAUACCUCCCUUUAACCUUUUAGAUACAACUCAGAGGUCUCGUCCAAACUUCUCUGAACUGGAAAUGGUCCAGUUCUAAAAUAUGUGCCAACAAAUCUGGGAACACUGAAAAGAGGAGACUUCUUGGAGUUCCCACUGUGGCAGGGUGGGUAAGAAUCCCAACUGCAGUGGUUCAGGUCACUGGGUUUGAGUCCCACCCCGGGAACUUCCACAUGCCAUGGGUGUGGCCAUAAAAAAAGAGAGGGGAGAGAGAAUACUUCUUUUAUCCUGAUAAAGCAUAAAGAACUUCAUUUAUAAAGUUACUAAAGAAAAAUGGCAAAACAAAAAAAAAAAAUUCAGACAAAGCACACAGAGCAAACCACAGGCUUUAAAAGUAUAUAAACUCCAUAAGACACCAGGUAAAGUAGCUGAGUAAUGUGGUAUGUGGAAAAAUUAGAGAUCUUACAUUGGAAAAGUAAGAUGGGGACAAUACCUGUGGGGAAAGGAGGUGCCUACUGUCGUUCUGAAAUGUUUAAACUUUUCAUAGGAAGUAAUAAAAGAUUUUUGGUGGCUUUUAGGCAGGGAUGUUAAUCAGAGUUGUGUUUUGAGAAACUCCUACAAGCUGUGUGGGAUUCAGGACUGGAGCAAAAGAUGUUCAAGAAAAGAGACCCGUGUGGAGAUUUUGACAAUCGUCCAGGCAAGCGGGGAGCAUCUGGACUGGGGUGUUUGUAGUCACAGUGGAGAAUACAAGGCGUGUUUAUGAAACAUUUCUAGGUAAUAUCUUAAAGAAAAAGUUAGCAAGUGACUUAGUGAGAUUUCAUACUAUUCCAUCAUCUUUAGGACCCAGCAAAGGUCCAAGGAGCUGAGACAGUAGGACAAGAGACAAGAAUAUCCCAACAAAGGAAACGGGGGCAGUAAAUGGAUGCCCAUGGAAAGGAUGUAUGAGGAAGGCCUUUGAACUUACCUUAACUCCAGCCAAAUCUUCUACAAGACCUAGCGUCUCCCUCUCCUCCUGGUUCUUAACGCCAGGCCCUUCUGAGCGAUCCAUUAAGUAUUCAUGAAGUAAAUGACAAGACAGAGUUUUGUUUCUGUGUCUGGCAUUGAGUACUUACUGAGAAACUUAGGAAAGUGGUGGUGGUGAUGCAUGUGUGUUUUACAGUCCCUAGCCCUCUAGAAUCAAAAUUAUGAAAAUUUAACCUCAACUCUCAUAGACUUGGUAUCCGUUUUAAAAUCUAGGAUAAUGGCUGCAUCUCCAGAAAAAAAAUAUAAAAUGUGUCUGUCUGAUUUAUCUCUUUAUUAUCCAUCUAUCUAUGCACCCAAUGGGAUUUCAAAUAUAAAACAGAUACACAUAUUCAUCAUAUGUCCAUACAGAGGCAUGUACACAAACACAUGUAAGAAUCUGGAAGAAUAAACAUCAAAAUGCCAAAAAUAAUUUCUUUUAAUUUAAGACAAGUUUUCUGGAGUAUUUAUUAUAUUUUUAUUUUUUUAUAUUUUCAGAGUGUCUCAGAUUUUUGCUUACAGUGAUCAUAUAUUGCUUUCACAUAAGAAAAAAAAUCUGUCUCUUCCUUUCUUUCAAUGUCAAUGUCAGGGCACUACUUGGAUGUGGGAUGAUCCUCCAUAACAUUCAAAGUCACCAAAGCCACCACUGCCUCUAGUCCACAUGCCUUGUUCUGUAGACCACCGCUUGCCUGGGUAUGGCAGAUUCUCUACUGCUUAUAAUUACCAUCUUCUGGAUUCCAGUCCAAGAAAUUGGAUAUAUUCUCCCUAUCUCGCCUCUGUCAAGUAGUUCUGUGCAGCUUCUGUGGCCAGAAACUCUGGCCAUGUGUGGUGUUCUCCACAACACUACCUGCAUAUCACACUUACCUACCUCUCUCUCUUUUUCUCCUCCGACCACACUUGUGGCAUGUGGCAGUUCCCAGGUGAGGGAUCAAACCCAUACCACAAUUGCAACCUGCACCACAGCUCCAGCAACACCAGUGGCACAGGGGGCUUCCUUCCCUGCUUCUCUUUAAGCCUGACUAGCACUCCCCUGUGGGUGGACAUCUCCUUCCUGCCCCAUUCAUUCCUACUGCACUCCUGUAGAAUCCACACUCGUUCUGCUCCCUUCUGGAAGGGCUGUGCUUGGCUUUAUGGGUCCUGCAUCAGCCUGUGGAACCCAUAUUCAUGCUAAGUACAGCUAUCGGGAUGCAGUCUUUGUUGGGCUUGCCUAGGUCUUGUUCUCUGAGCAUUGAUGCUCUGGGCAUCCCCUGAAGGGUAGCUUUGAGGCCUGGGAAUAUGUGGUGUCCACUCACAUGCUCUGUUCAUUUUCUAGUGCUAUGCUCGCACUAGAGAGCCGCCAGCCCUAUUCAGUUUCAUAAUGUUUCCCACUCUUGACCCCCAGGGCUAUGGUAAUCAGCCCUACCACUUCUGCCACGACUUCUAGCCUUCCUCAGCUGCGUCUCCCCAUAAAGUGUCUCUUCAGAUAUCCAGUGACUAUCCCUACUGCUAACUAUACUAUUUCCAUACGAGCCACUAUUUGGGAAUAACCCAGACAUACUCCUGCUGCUACUACCCAAGUUCAAUGGCAA